AUGGGACACCGUCUCUAUUGGACCAGUUCAACGUACGAUGAUUCACUGCCUAGUGAAUUCAUCACAGGUCGAUCUUGUCAUUGCCUUUACAAGCCAGAUCCACCACGAAGUCUUGACAACUCGGAUUGCGAGUCGUCGUCCGAAUGUGCUCCCCGAUCUCCAGCUUCAUCACGUCGGAAUAUUGUACGGCACGAUUAUCAUUCACUGAAGCUACUUGGCACAGGAGCCUACGGUGAAGUGCACUUGAUCAGCAAUCCUUUCAAUCGAAAAUACAUCCCAAAUGAUGUUAUUGCGUUGAAAGUCAUCGAUCUUGAACAUAGACGAGAAGGAUCAAAACAGAAAUUCCGAAAUGAAGUAGCACUACAGAAUGCGUUAAGUCCACAACGACAUCCGAAUAUCGUCCAAUGUUUUGGAUCAAAUUACGAACUAGAAUUGAAUCAACUACAGAUUUUCCUCGAAUAUGUCAACGGAGAAGAUUUGCGGACUAUUAUUGGUGAGUGCGAGCGUUAUCGCAAACCUAUUCUUAUAAUCAGUAGCGAAAAAAAACUGUAG